UCGUAGCGGUGGGCAUGGUCACUUUUCGCACGGUUGACUCCACCUCGUCCGUCUUUCCCCUUUCCCCUCUCCGUUUCCAAAUUGCAAGAUCUCUCUCUUCCAUGUCCGAUCUGAUCUUAUCCAUUCUUCUUUCCAAUUAGAUCCCUCUCCUCCGGAAAAUCUCAAUUCCCCAUUGAAACAAAUCCAUGGAUCUAGCCCCGGAAGAGCUUCAAUUCUUAACCAUUCCUGACAUUAUCAGUGAAUCCAUCGUCAUCCCCAAACGCUCCCCCAAAACCUUCUAUCUCAUCACGCUCACCCUCAUCUUCCCCCUUUCUUUCGCCAUUUUAGCUCACUCCCUCUUCACCCACCCCCUUCUUGUCCAGCUCCAAAACCCUUUCGCUGAUCCCAUUCAAACCCGCCAUAGAUGGACCAAGCUCCUCUCCUUUCAAUUCUGCUACCUUAUCUUUCUCUUCGCUUUCUCUCUUCUCUCCACCGCCGCUGUGGUCUUCACCGUCGCCUCUCUCUACACUUCCAAACCCGUCUCCUAUUCCUCCACUCUCUCCGCCAUUCCCAAAGUCUUCAAACGCCUCUUCGUCACUUUCCUCUGGGUUUCUCUCCUUAUGAUUAUCUAUAACUUCAUCUUUCUCGCCUUCUUGGUACUCCUCAUCCUUGCAAUUCAUACCCAGAACUAUUUCUUGUUCUUCUUUUCUAUUAUUGUAAUCUUCAUCCUGUUUCUAGUUGUGCAUGUUUACAUCACCGCCUUAUGGCAUUUGGCUAGCGUUGUGUCGGUGCUUGAACCGAUUUAUGGAUUUGCUGCUAUGAAAAAGAGCUACGAAUUGCUCAAGGGAAAGACCCGAUUUGCGGGUGUGCUUGUAUUUGCUUAUUUAGCCAUUUGUGCUACAAUUAGUGUCAUAUUUGGGGCUGUGGUCGUGCACGGUGGGGAUGGAUAUGGGGUUUUUGUACGGAUUGUUGUUGGUGGCUUCUUGGUUGGCGUUUUGGUGAUUGUGAAUUUGGUGGGAUUGCUUGUUCAGAGUCUGUUUUACUAUGUCUGCAAGAGCUUCCAUCAUCAAGGAAUUGACAAGCUGGCUUUACAUGAUCAUUUGGGUGGAUAUCUUGGUGAGUAUGUACCUCUUAAAAGUAGCAUUCAGAUGGAUAAUUUAGAUGCAUGAGGUAGAGGAAAGAGGAAACACACAAUUUGUUAUCUAAUGUUUCAGGGAAUAUGAAUGAGAUGUUGUAAAAAAAAGAUAGAAUUUAAACGUUUUUUCAAGUGAAUUUGUGGAAGUUUUGUUCUAAUUUUUAUGCCUACUACCACUUGCAUUCGAUCCUGAAUAAUUUCUUAAGGGUCAGUCAAGUCAUUGUCUUUGAGUUGGUGGUGGGAUUAUACUGUACUGAGCCAUGGAUUAUUUAUAUGUUGAUGGGAAAGUUCUGAUCUUGUUGUUAUAUGUUCA